GCCAUUGUCUCAACAUACCAUGCGUAAUCAUAUUAUCGUGUUCUCCUAAAGCUUUGGUGCACCCAAUGCACAUGAUACAUGCAGUGCAAGCAACCAUGGUUGUACAAUGCGCCGGAUAUCCGCAAGCAGAAGGUGUUACCGGUUUAGGACGAUUAGGGUUUGGAUAGAUUUAGGGAAAUCAGAUGAUUUGAGACCAUUAUUGUCUAUACCUACCAAUUCGAAAGCAUCGAUUGUUUGACUACUAGCCCUUGUGACAUUCACUAUAGACUGUUCUAAUUUCGAAAACGAGGAGUUGCAAAAUUCCCACGUCACUUCAUCAGCCGUGUUGGAUUAAUAUUCUUUUGACUGGAUCGUUCUGGAAUAAAUAAACCAAAACUUAAUAUCAUCUACUACAAGUGGUUUUUCAAAUGAUUUAUCAACGAGAUAAAACAUUUUCAAACUUUUAGAGCCCGUGUUUGAUAUAAACUCUAAGAUAUGGAAUGUGUAGUGACGGAACUACCUGGAGUGUUGAUACUCCUUCUAAUCUACACUGCUCGACUCGCAAACUGCCAAGGAGAGCCCUCAAUUAUCAGUGGACCUGUAAACCAGACUGUAAACUUCGGGGAAACCGUGACGUUAACCUGCAGAGUCAGAGACAAAUCGGCAGAGUACAUUGUUGCUUGGUUCAAAGAUAACCAAAGAAUCACCAGAAGUACCAACGAGAGCCUUGAUUCUCGGCACCUUGAUGUGUCUCGCUUUAGCUUGUUAGGUAACUGGUCCGAAGGGGACUACUCGAUUGAGAUCACAGACAUCAUAUCUCCAGAUAAAGGACGAUAUCAGUGUAAAAUUCAACAUGUUUCUACUAGACAGUUUGUCGCAGAGUCAGAUAACGGCACUUUGAACAUUGAGUACCCACCGUCGACCGACUCGUUUAUGUGUUCGCCAUCACAGCCCAAAGACUUGCGCGUUGGCUAUGUAAUCAUUUUCGGCUGUCGAACGGACCUUGGAAAUCCACCUGCAUCUCUGACAGCGACCUACGACUCACUGCCCAUUAACGAAACACCCGACACACCUUUCAACGAGAAAAGCGUGAGUUAUAGAAAGAUUCUGGAUAGGGAAGACAACGGGAAGGUAUUCCGUUGCAUGUUGAGCCAGGAGUUACUACCACAGCCAGAAUACUGCUCAGUCGGCCCGCUGGUUGUUGAAUAUAAACCAAUGGACAUAGUGAUAACUUCUGUAGUUCUUCCCGAAGACAAUCCAUCUGUGGCGGUUGUCAAUGUCAAUGCCAGAAGUAUUGUUUUUACAUGCGCUACCUCAGCUAACCCUGAGGCUCAGUACACCUGGACAGUGAUAGAAGCACAAGGAUGUUCCAAGGGUAUAAAUCACAUAACCCUGCAAGACCAGUUGAUUUUAACGAAAGUCGACAUGGCAUAUGAUGGAGCUGUCAUCUCAUGCACGGCCAACAAUACCAUCGGAGAAUCAUCUACUUCCAUUACAAUUCAUGUAUUGAACGAUGAUCCCGAUGCCCUGUGCUACACAACCCCCAAACCAGCAACCGAUGGAGUAGUUCCGACGCCAUCGACAGCCCCAGUUAUAAAUCCGGUGACGCUGACAACCAUGCAUAUCAUCAUAAUAGUCAUCGCGACCGCUUUCCUAGUCGUCAUCAUCAUCCUCGGCUACAUCGCCUUCAAUCGACGUCGGGAAACACCAAUCCAGCUAACGAUGAUGUCUGGUCCAGAUGAUACCCGCUCCAUUGCCGAAAGCAUCAUCUUCCAUUCCCGUCACAACACCCCAGACCCCGAACAUCGAGGAAAUUCACUGGGACGGAUGCAGAGCAACUUCAGCACCAUUUCCUACGACACCCAGAGUAUUGAUUCCGCUACUGCACUUAUGCACCUACGAUCUUUGGAGUCACCCGAGUACAAGGCCAACCCAAAGCUAACUGGAUCCCCCACGCGUAAAUUGGGUGGAAAGUGCGGCAAGGAGUACGGCAAGGAAUACGGCAAAGAGUGUGGUAAAGAAAUUCCCAUGGAUGACAUGGACCGAUCUCCUUUCCAUCGGAUCCACGCCUCGGACAACGUGUAUGAAGGGUCGCCGAAGAGAGGCAGCCCGCCAUCGCCGCCCAGCGAGAAAUCUGCUCUUACCCGACAACCAAGCGAGCAUAAGUACGAGGAGUGUCCCCCUCUAAAGAAAUACACGACCCAUGCAAGUCAGACGGAUCUCGCUUUUAUCGAUGAUAAAAUUGAAGAGGAGAGGCAAGAAAUAUCAGACACCAGUGACAGUGAUUCCGAAUUCGAUUACCACCCAAAAAAGCAGAACUUCAGUGUGAACAACUGUAAUAUAAGAUUUGCGAAACAUACCGAAGUUUGACCACACGUAUCUUAAAUAUGAUCUUUAUACUAAAACCCAACUUUGAACAACAUAGAAGUUAAUCAGUUAAUCAAGAUAAUUGUAGUACCUAAAUAUGGAGAAUAAGCUGUAAUAACAUAUCUUACAUUUACCGUUUACUGUACUGAUUAGAAAAUUAUAAUUUAGAUUAAAUCUACCAUUUCAUACGUCUCUGAAAACUCUGAUUACAUUUUAAGCAAGUCAAAGAAAGCGUAUAUGCUGUAAACAAAAAUAAUAGUGUGUGAUAUCUUACUUACGUUUCUCUUUCUGUAUCUUUGUGCAAUUUUAGUAUUUUAUCCAUCUUUCUUCGUGAUUAUCGUUUCUUUAUUAGAUGAAACGAUCAAUGAUUCAAUAAAUAAAUCACCUAAACAUACUUAUCGUUGUCAUUUACGUGUAAAACACUCACGAAAAUGCGCCAUUCUCUAUGACUUUCUCAAUGCAUUCGACUACCUUUCGAAAAUUGAAAAAAAAAUUAUAUCACGUCGUCAUCCCAAGUAAUGGUUUUUUCUGUUUGAAAUGCAAAGCUUAAUGUCCUUAUUAGCUUGAAAAUUUGAUUCAAAUUCACUGGUGCAUAUUUUUGUUCCGUUCUUGCUUUUCCUUGUUUUAAAACUGUGUCUAAUCUUCCUUCAAUUCAUUCAUUCAAAAUGAAAAAAUAUAAUAAAAAAGUGAAUUUAAACUUACGGAUUAAGCAAACACAAUGCCAGUCAUUUAUUUCCGAAUUCAUGUAAGUUGGGCAUUUCAAUUGUAGAUUUUUUUUUAUUCUUUAGGAAAUAUUCCGUUAUGCCUCCAGAUUUCAACCUAUUACAUUAUCUUUUACGUGUUAAGAAAAAAAAAACGUUGAGUAACAUUACGCUCCCUUUCAAUCCUUCGGGCAUGAACGAGUCGCUUGGAGUAUGGGACCAAGUUCAUUGCAUUUCUCCACGGUUACUUAGCCGUUAAACAUAAACAACAUUUAUGUUGAUGCUUUGUAAUGUCUACUCAAAUACAAUGGAACUCUUGAGAUGAUUGUUUUAUAGAAGAAACUAAACUUACAAGUAAGUAAAACGUUUAAUUAGGGAUAAUGAUAAUAUCAUGGGGGAUAGGGGAUCGUUUCCGUAAAUGAUCUGGUAUUUCAUCAAAUCUACGUCGUAGUAACAAAUUAGGAGUUUUUUGUCUUCAUAAUAUUAUUAUACGAUAAUAGCUGCCUUUACAUUUCUUGUAUAUUUUCAUUAUUGAUAUCACAGUAUUUAUUUUAUGUACAUGUACUUAGAAUGUCGUUUUGACUAUGGAAUUAUCAAGUAAGUGCAAAAUUGGAAGUUUAUUACUUUGUUAAACUAUAUUUUGCCGGCUUGGACCAUUCUUAGAAGUUGUUUGAAGAAAGGUACUUCUGAAAGGAAAUGAUGAUCAUGAAUCUGAAUGGAUUGGGAAUUUGCACAAAAUCAUUUAAGUUAGUAUUUCAAACUCCGCAUUGUAAUAAAUUGUAUAGCAAAGGUCUGUAACAUAUUCUUUCCUACGGAAAUAUGAUGUAAAUUAGUGUAAUUUUAUAGUAGAGUUAUAUGGGGGUGUAUUAUUGUAUAUUGAAUUAGAAAAGUAUUUGUAAAAACAAAGAUAGCCUUUGUAAUAUAGAGAUAAUGUAAAUAUAAAGAGGGGAAAUAACGAAGAA